GAGCCGGCUCCAGGAACCAAGAGGGUGCAGAGGAGUGCUGGGAAGUUGCUGAAGCCCCCAGGUCAGGAAUGGUGAGGUCAUUCCCAUCUGAGGGGAAGAAAAUGAACAAUCAAUAUUUUCGCUAUGAAGUCCUUGCCUGUGAGACUGGUGAGCUGAAAAUCUUCUGGGAAAAGACCAUUGAAAAGCAAACACAACAUUCGAAAGCCGAGAAAGACCGUUUACAGAGAAGUGCAUUGACCAAACUCCGAAACGAAUGGAAAGCAAUGCUGGAAAAAAGAUUAAAAAUGAUAAAAGAACAUGAAGAAAAGAAAGAAGUCCUUCAAUGAAGAAAAAACACCAAUUUACGUAACUGAUUGGAAAAUGGCUUAAACUGAAAGAAGAAAAUUUGCACUAAGGCAAAGCUGUAGUGUUUGGCUUGCAUUUGCUUAAAGCAACUUUCCAGAACUGAAUACUUUGGACCACAGAAUUCCCAAUCAACAUAAUAGUUGUAACCAGCCUAGGGAAAGAAUGAUUUAAGAACAUCCCUGAAUUUAUGUUAGAAAUAUAUGUAAUAUUAAAUACGAUUUCUUUCAUGGGGAGUUCAGUAUCUAAUGAUCUCAUGAACAUGUUCAUGCAAUUUUAUUGGAAACAAUACCGACAUUGUUUAUACUUUUC